GAGAGAGAGAGAAAGAGAGAGAGAAAUCCCUUAGGCUCUCACCGCUGCAUUGAGGAGCACCCCAAGAAGCAACCGCCAGAAGUGACUGAGCUCCAGCCCCCUUCCCGGGCUGCCCAAAAUCCAGCCCCUCCCAGAGCCUGUCCCAGCUCCGACGCCGAUGCCCUCCCGAAGGCAGGCAGUGAGCCCUCUGCCUCAGGUCAGCCUUCCUUCGAAACUGCUUUCCUUAAGCUUUGGUUUGACAGGAUUGGCAAUGGUACAUUUGGGGACAUCAGAGAAGGUGGCGAGCCUUCUGUUUCUAGAGAAUCCCUGUGGAUUGGCUUGGGAUUGAUGGAAGCUAAGUUAAGCAGAGAUCGGUCAACUCUGGGAGAACGUGGCUGUCAUGCUGAUCCAACAAAGCCUCUCUGCACCAUGAUCACAAUGCUUCAGAUAGGGGCAGACCUUCGGUCUUCAGCACUGGUGCCCUCCAGAGGGGCUCUCUGCCUCUUCCUCCUCCUGCUUUACCUCCCCCUGGGCAUCUCCUGCCCCCCACAUUGCCAGUGCUCAGAUGGCAGUGGUCUGAUGACUGUCCACUGCAGUUCAAAGAACCUCAAGGAAAUCCCCAGGGACAUCCCCAAGGACACCGUGUUCUUAAAGCUCGAUGCCAACCAGCUCACCCACAUCCCAAGCCACGCAUUCUCGGGUUUGACCCUUCUGCAGGAACUAGACCUAUCUCAGAACACGAUUGAGAAGCUGGAUACUGCGGCCUUCCAGGGCCUGUCAAGUGGCCUCAAGCUGCUGGACCUCUCCCACAAUCAUCUCCGGAGCCUUCCCAAGGAGGCAUUAGCCAGGUUGAAGGCUAAGAUCCGCCUGUCACAUAACCCUUGGCAUUGUGAAUGCACCUUGCAGGAAGUCCUUUGGGAGGUGAAGCUGGACCCCGUGUCUGUUAAUGAGAUGGCCUGCCAGACAUCUGUGCAGGAAGAGGCCAUAGGGAAGCCACUGGUGCAAGUCCUCGACUCAGGAGCCAACUUCUGCAGCUCCCGCCACAAGACCACAGACGUCGCCAUGUUCGUUACCAUGUUUGGCUGGUUUGCCAUGGUUAUCACCUACAUCAUACACUAUGUGCGGCAGAACCAGGACGAUGCCAGGAAGCACCUGGAGUGCCUGAAGAACAUGUCCCCUGGCACCCUGGCCAUUGGCAGUGCCUCUGGUGUGGGCCUGGAGCUGUAGCGUCCCAGCCCUGCUGACUGUACAGAGCUUUCCCAUAAGCCCAGGCUGAGGGGACCACAGCCACAUCGCCAGCAGGCUGCUCUUGAUUUCACUGGGUUUUCUUCUAAAGGUGCAUUUGUCAAAAACACACAAGCCCCUAAUUGUCCAUGUCUGAGUAGGAUCCCUGAAGGAAAAAAACGUUAGUGAAGACCUCCCCAAGGCCCCAUGGAGGAGCAGGAGCUGUCUAGUGAGCUCGGGGAGGGAGCUGACUUGGAGGACUCCAGGGUUUGCUUCCAAAGCAGACUGUCUUUACUUGGCCCUGGGCACCAGCUGCCCAAAGCUCAGAGCUCUUACUGAGAUUCACGGGGGAAGGAAUCUGAGACGGGCCUCUUGUGGCUGCUCCUCAGAGAUCUGGAAGGGGUGGAGGAGAGCAUCGAGUCCAACCCACCCAUUUUACCAACCAGGAAAAUAGGGUCUUUUUGUUCCUUCAGUCAUGCUCUUCUGUGCCUCAUGGGUCUUGAUUCCUGUCUCCAGCAAUGAGUGUGCCUUGUUUUUAUUCACCAAAAGCCAAGAAGGCAAAGCUGUCAGGCUCCAGAUACUGCUGGUCAGUCUGCUUACCUGAGAUGGGUCUGUGGCCCAGGGGAGUCUGCUGUGCUGCCUGGGAGAGAUCACAGAGGCAGGGAUUGGCGAGGUGUUGCCGGCCUGGGGGCUGUGUGCCAUGUGAAAGCCCAUGGCACAGUGUACAACGUCUGGGGCUAGAGGGAGGGAGAAAAUUCCCAAAGGGCCAGCCAUUUGCCACAUGUGGACUAGCAAAUGGAGAGUGAACCAGAGUGGCCCCGAGAGGAUGCCCAUGGGCCAUUAUGACAGUCUUUCUAACUUCUCAGUUGGGCAGCUGAAGUGGAAGGAGCCACCUCGCCUGUACAGGAACAUUGCAUGGAUGACACCAAGACCAGUGAAUGAAUCUGGGUAAGACCUGCUGACUCAGAGAGUACAAAAAACACAGGAUGA